CCGUAUAUAUGGACCGUAUCCACUGUCAACAACAAAAUAUAUAAAAAAAAAUAAAGAUCGAGCCAUUAAAUAAUAGGAAAACACCAGAAAAAGGAAAAGAAAAAGAAGAUAAAGCACAAAAAUCAUGUUUCGAUCGAGCUUUGAAAAGAAUCUAGAGAGCGCCACGAGUCAUCUGCGAUUGGAGCCAGACUGGCCCUCCAUCCUCCUCAUCUGCGAUGAAAUCAACCAGAAGGAUAUCACACCGAAGAAUGCCUUCGCCGCGAUCAAGAAGAAAAUGAACUCUCCCAAUCCGCACUCGGCCUGCUAUUCGCUCCUGGUGCUGGAGAGCAUUGUGAAGAACUGUGGCGCCCCCGUGCACGAGGAGGUGUUCACCAAGGAGAACUGCGAGAUGUUCAGCAGCUUCCUGGAGACCACGCCCCACGAGAACGUGCGUCAGAAAAUGCUGGAGCUGGUUCAGACCUGGGCCAAUGCCUUCCGCUCGUCGGACAAAUAUCAAUCCAUCAAGGACACCAUGACCAUCCUAAAGGCCAAGGGCCACACGUUUCCCGAGAUGAAGGAAGCCGAUGCCAUGUUCACGGCCGACACGGCGCCCAACUGGUCCGACGGCAAGGUCUGCCACCGAUGCCGCGUGGAGUUUACCUUCACCAACCGCAAGCACCACUGCCGUAACUGCGGCCAGGUGUUUUGUGGCCAGUGCACGGCCAAGCAGUGCCCCCUGCCGAAGUACGGCAUCGAGAAGGAGGUUCGUGUGUGCGAUGGCUGCUUUGCGGCACUCCUGCGCCCAGCUGGCAGCGGCAGUGGUGGAGUUGGCGUUGCCGGUAGCAGCAAGCCUGGAGCACGUCCAGCGGAUAGCGAUUUGCCGGCGGAGUACUUGAACAGUUCCUUGUCGCAGCAGGUGCAGACGCCUGCUCGCAAAACCGAACAGGAGCUCAAGGAGGAGGAGGAGCUACAACUGGCCCUGGCCCUCAGCCAGUCCGAGGCCGAGCAACAGAAGCCGAAACAAACGACCCUGACAUCAGCGGCAGCCGCUUACCGAAUGCAACAACGCUCGCCCAGUCCAGAGGCGCCGCCGGCCCCCAAGGAGUACCAACAGGAGGAGGCGUCAAACCCGGAAUUAGCCAAAUACUUGAACCGGAGCUACUGGGAGCAGCGUAAAAUCAGCGAGUCCUCCUCCAUGGCCAGCCCAUCGGCUCCCAGUCCCAUGCCUCCCACGCCACAGCCACAGCAGACUUUGCCCGUGCAGCCCAAGACCGCCGAUGAGGUGCAGAUCGAUGAGUUUGCCGCCAAUAUGCGCACCCAGGUGGAGAUCUUCGUAAACCGCAUGAAGUCGAACUCGAGCCGUGGUCGCAGCAUUUCGAACGACUCCUCUGUGCAGACACUGUUCAUGACUCUGACAUCGCUGCACUCCCAGCAGCUGUCGUACAUCAAGGAGAAGGACGACAAGCGCAUGUGGUACGAGCAGCUGCAGGAUAAGCUGGCUCAGAUCAAGGACUCGCGUGCCGCCUUGGACGUGCUGCGCCAGGAGCACGUGGAGAAGCUUCGGCGCAUCGCCGAGGAGCAGGAGCGCCAGCGUCAGAUGCAAAUGGCUCAGAAGCUGGAGAUUAUGCGCAAGAAGAAGCAAGAAUACCUUCAGUACCAACGCCAGUUGGCACUCCAACGCAUUCAGGAGCAGGAGCGUGAGAUGCAGCUGCGCCAAGAACAGCAAAAGGCCCAGUAUCUCAUGGGACAAUCGGCCCCAUUCCCAUACCUCCCUGCAUCCGGCGUAGCCCCGCAUGGCUCCCCAUCGCAUCAACCGAACAGCGUCUAUAAUCCGUAUGUAACUGCAGCUCCUGGCUAUCCAGCUCCUGCACCCAAUGGCCACGGACAGUUCCAGGGCAUUCCGCCGGGCAUGUACAACCCGGCCAUUGCCCAGCCACCGACAAAUGCAGCCCCAGGAAUGAUGAUGCCUCCGCAUCUGCAGCAGGCGAUGCAUCAGCCACAGCCAGCCAAUGCCCAGCUCCACCAUCCGGCCCCCCAACCUCAACAGCCUCAAAUUGGCCACGUGAUGCUCCAGCAGCAACAGUUAGUUCAGUCUCACCCACCGCUGGCCAAUCAGGCUCCGCCCCAGGUACUACCCCAAGCACCGCCCCAGGCACAACAUCAAGCACCGCCCCAGGCACAACAUCAAGCACCGCCCCAGGCACAACAUCAAGUACCGCCACAGGCACUUCCCCAAGCACCUCCCCAAGCACAAAAUCAAGCCCCUUCGCAGCCACUUCCUCAAGCCCCACCAGUCGCCGAGAUCGCCAACAAACAAAUUCAGGCCAUUGCUGCUGCACCGGCUCCGCCACAGACUGAGCCGAAGCCUGCCAAAGCAGACGAGCCAGCCACAGCAGAGCUGAUCAGCUUUGACUAAAACGGGAAAGCUUAUCGUUUUGUAUUAUCCUCCAGAGUUGAACGAAAUAUACACCAUAUGGAUCCUAAACCGAUUGAAUACUGGUCCAAAUUUUA